AUGGAUGUGGACUUGUUACGACCAGGCACCGUGCCUAUAUCUCCAGACACGAUUCUAUGGUUCGAGUUUCUUUUGGACCCGAAUUUACUAAAGAAACAUCUGAGCAAACCAAAUCCAGAGCCUUCGGCAUGUGAGUUAAUCGAGGAGUUUUUAUCUGUGGACACUAAAAAUGGAAACAAGCCCACCAGUGAGCGUGUGGUGGACGUGGAUGCUCCACCGACACCACCAUCAGCUACAAUCCCAGCACCGGCACAGUUCACACGAAAACAAUUGGCCCUCAAAAUCCUGGCUUUAAAAGUUGCUUCCACACUACACUGGAAUUUAGAUAUAUUUGAGAGCAAGCUGCCGCCUCAGAUACAACAACAGCUGAUGCAGGAUCUGGUGUACAUGUCAACUGAUGCUGCCUUUGCUGUACCUCCACAGGAAAUACCAGCUGAAUUGCUGCAGCAGCCACAGUGCAGUUUGCUUUGGCAUUAUACCACAGAUGGGUGGUCCGCUUCCCAGUCAAGGCUGCACUCUAUGCCAAGUCCAACAAAAUGUCUUACAUUCACAUACCUGGAAUGCAACUGGACAGCGCAUAUACUCCACUGAAUCAAAACUUCGAGAAAAUAUUGCGAAUGUGUGAAGCUUCGCGUAUGCAAAGUAUUAUGUUUUUAGAUGAAAUACUAUCGUACUAUGAGCCCACAUCAAGUACAGGCCGGAAAGAAUCCAAAAAGAUAAAAGUUCCUGUGAUGGAAACAUUUAUCCACUUAACUGAAGAUUCGUGUGACAUGAACCAUGAUUGGAACGCUGGUAACAUUCAAAUCAGCCAACAUGAACUAGCCAUGCAAAUCCAUUUCGACCUUUGCUACAACUAUUUCUUCUAUGGUCAACAUAAUUUGGCCAAAAAGCACAUACUUGGCUGCAGAGAAAACUCAAACCUUCUUGAAAGGGAAAUAUCAAUCUAUGGUUAUGGGCCCCACAAGCAAAUGCCCUGGGGAGAAUUUUAUUACGCAAGUAUGGCCAAGGAUGAUAUCUUAGGAUAUAUCAGAGCACUCAAUUUGGGUUUCGAAGUGUUAAAUGAGGAGCCCUCAUUGUUACAAAAACUACAGGAUUCCAUAGCUAAUCACUAUACAGGAAUUAUUGCUGUUUUGCAAGCUGAUAACUUAACGCGGGAAAUCCCCAUGAUACACAGACAGGUUGCCGAAUUAGAUAUACAAGGGUCAGCCUCCAGUGGGGCUUUCACUGUAGCGCGGGAUCUCCUAAACAGAGUGUCCGCGCUAAAUGCCGUCAGAUACGCUUUAGAAGGUGGCUUACCAUCAACUCACCCAGACUUCCUAAACAAAUUCAAAACAGUAGGCAUCAAGUUUUUCGACCUUCUGUUCUGGGCUCUUGCUCCUGUACUAAUGUCUGAUUUAUCAGACGCCGAUUGGGAAAACUUAAGAACAUUUUACUUACAUCUAGCAAUAUCACAGAGCAGACUACCAAUUGAUAGAAUUGAUGAGUAUCUAAAAAAACAUAUUGGUGAUUCAGCAGAAACAAUAAGGAAGAAGUUGAUAUCUGAUGAACAGUUGAAUACGAUUCUCAAUGAUCCCGUCAACGUUGAUGAUGAAAAUAUGGAUAUUCCUAAAGAAUUACUAACUGAUGAUUGGGAAAUGCCAGAUUUCGAGUGCAAGACUGUGCCGGAGUUAGAAAUGGGCAGAUUGAAAAAGCGUCUAAUCGAGGCUUCGACAGCAGACGAUGUUCGAAUGUGUUUGGUGAAGUUAGCCAUGAUGGCGCCGGCCACGCCUCUGUGGAAGAUCAGUCCGUCGUGGAAGCCGGCGGGAGAGUUGUGCAAUGCUCUGAUAUCGUUGCCGCGCGGGUUCCUGCAAGACUUCGGUUACGUGGUGUCGGGCGCGGCGCGCGCGCGCGCGGAGGCGGGCUGCGGGCGCGCCGCGCUGUCGCUGCUGUCGGUGCUGGAGGGCGAGGCGCGCAGCCAGCUGGGCGCGGCCAGCGACCCCACGCUGUACCGACUGUGUCGCCACCUGGCGUGGGAAGUGUUGCUGCUGCAGAUCAACGUGGUGCUCAGCGAGUGGCCGCACCACCGCAUCAACCUGUCCGCCUUGGCCAACAAAUGCAAAGCUUGUAUCGCUGCUGUCAAUUCUGGUGACGGAGUCGUUCCUAGACCUCAGGUAAUUGAAGCAUGCUGGAUAUGCUUGAUAAAUGCGUGUGAGUGGGAAGGAGUGGGCAUCACGACUGGACCGGGUGAAGUAGCGGCCGCACUCUGCGCUGCCUGCUUCGAGCUACAGCGAGGCAAAGCGACGAGGAAGUUCCCCAGACCCUUAUGGGAUUUUGUACUGGGUGUAUACGCGACGGGUCCGACUGGGCCUGUGAAAAGAAACGCGAGCGGUGCGCCGGCUCAUCAACGUGACGCGCCGGGCGCCACUGCGGAGGCUCGGAACUCAUUCAACGGGUUCCUCUCAACCCUCCGAGAACCUCUCGCAGUCAGCGUAAUGCUCUCCCUCCUCGCCAGGAUACACAACCUCCUCAUAGACGAUCCCUCCUUAGAACUAGUGGUCGACUACACCAACCUCUGGCCCAACAACAUCUCCAACACAAAUAACUACAAUGCCAAGUUCGUUCUGGAAUCUCUCACCGAUUUGUUAGAAAGGAGUUUGAAGUUAUAUCCGUACAAUACAGCAUGGCUCCGUCUGUACGGUGACGUGGAGAUGGCAGAGGGUAGAUGGGGCGCGGCGCUCCGCCGGUACUUGUGCGGCGCGGCGGCCGGGUCGUGGCACUUCGCGAAGCGCGCGGCCGACGAGCCCAGCGUGGCGCGCCGCGCCGCGCGCUGCUGCCAGGCACUCGCCGCGCCCACGCAGGCCGCCGCGCUCUGCCAACUACCCGACGACCCAGACUACACCACCGCCUUCAAAUGCCUUGCAGAGAAGACGGGCAACGCGGCGGACGCCAUGGACGGGUACUACGGGUGUAUCUGGGACGGCACCCUGCUGGAGGUGGCGGUGGCGCUGCACGCGCGGCGCGGGGAGGGGGGGCGGCGCGCGCGCGCCGUGCGGGCCGCCGGCGCGCUCGAGCUCAACGCCAACAACAGCGAGGACAUCCAGCGCGAGGCCGCCGCCAUCCGCCGCGCCCGCCUGCUCCGCGCGCUCACCAACCAGUACGUCGCGUGA